GAUGACAGACCCGACAGAACAACAACAGUUCGGUGUCGCAGUGCAGCAGGUCGAGGACCUGCAAAACAUUUACGUUCGUUCGUUUGUUACAUUGCGGUUCUUUUAGAGGAAAAAUCAAUCUCAGAAUUAGGAAAAUAUGACAUCCAAAGUUUUACUAAACCAACUGUCGUCCAUUUCCUCCCGGCACGUCUAUAUCGUGAACCUAGUUCCGUCGCUAUCGUUCUCCUCGAAGCCUCCUUCCGACAAGCCGGUGAGCCCUCGAAUGGAAGAGUUCCAGAAGAAGCUACGCGAGAAAACUCCCAUCGGCAAGCUGGAUGAAAUUGUCGGUAAGCAUCCGUACCAGGAAAAGGAACCGCUGGAACCGUGGCCCAACAACACCAAUCCCAACACCGGCGAAAUCGGAGGCCCUCGGGGACCGGAACCGACCCGCUAUGGCGACUGGGAACGGAAGGGUCGGGUCAGUGACUUCUAGGUAACGGGUCAUUGAACCGGACAAACGUAUGAAAAGACGGAGCACCAGGUUUUUUUAGUCACGAUUCUGCUGUUUGGAAUCUAGUUCAUAUUGUAGAUGGUUUUUAAUUAUCAUGAGAUUUUUCUCCAAGGCUAACGUUGGGAGCCGGAAGUAACUGAUUCCGAAGUUGGGUAACAAAGACGGAUUAAUAUGAAUAUAAUAGUUUUUCACUCAUUUAUUUUCCCAGUUUCCAGAAGUGGAUUGGCUAUGUUGUAGAUAUAGCGUAUUGAUCACACUGUAAUGGUAGACUUAGUUUUAGGUGCUAUAAAUGUGCUGUAAAUCAUAUAAAUGCCAAAUUUCAAUUUUGAAUAAAGUAUUUCUAGCACAUAUUGCUUAACUGUUAA